AAUCCUGCCAGGAGCUCUAUUUUAGGUGGAUUGCAUGGAAAUAAACAUGUCCCGCCUUUCAAGUUUAAUCCAGUUUUAUUUUACUUUGGGUUUGAGACAUUGGGAGAUACUGCUGUCUUUAAGCAAUGUAAAUGGUAUUGUUAUUAGUGCGUCAACUUUGCGCAGACACCUCAAGACUUUGCGCCUGUUCAGACGAAAAGAACAUUCUGAUCUGCUUGACGUUGCUGUGUUUCUACAGGAUCAGUUGAACCGAUAUGGUAUGCUUCACGGAUAUAAGAUGAUGCAUCUGAAAUGCAUUCAGGCUGGCUAUGUGGUCACACAAGAGACAAUCAGGCAAUUGUUGAAAAUACUGGAUCCCCAUGGAGUGCAACUGAGGCGGCCGGAAUCGUCUUCGGCGACGUUUGUAUCAUAAUCCAGGCCCGAACUUUUUAUGGCAUGUUGAUUCAUAUGAUAAACUCAAACCAUAUGGGAUCUGCAUCAAUGGUGCAAUCGACGGGUUUUCACGAAUGGUGAUAUGGCUACAUGCAUACUCUACAAGUAGUGAUCCCAAGGUCAUCGCUGGAUACUUUAUUGAUGCGGCGUUAUCAAGGAAUGGGACAGCCACCCGAAUUCGCUCAGACUUAGGGACAGAGAACUGUUACAUGGAACAGAUGCAGAUGUUCAUGAGACAUGAUCAUACGGACGACUUUUCGAGAAAUUGCUAUUUGUAUGGCUCAAGCAAUCAUAACCAACGGAUAGAGCAGUGGUGGGGAUUUUUGAGGAAACAGCAUGCACAGUUCUGGAUCAACCUAUUUCAAGAUCUAAAAGAUUCUGACGACUUCUCCGGUGACUUCAUAGACAAAAGUCUAAUACAGUUCACAUGUCUUGAAAUAAUAGAGAGAGAACUGCAGGAUGUUGUUCACCUUUGGAACACGCACAGAAUUCGCCCAUCCAGAAAUGCUGUGUCUCCAUGUGGACGUCCAGUGAUGAUGUACACCCUACCCCAACUUUUUGGUGCUAGGGAGUACCUUAAAGAGGUAUCCCAACAGAAGAUACAGGCUUGUAGGGAGGAAUGUCGUGAGAGAGGACCAUAUCCCUGUGAUAAUACAGUGUUUGACAUUUGUUGCCUUGCCAUGGUAGAAAACAGUCUUCAUCCACCAACCUCUCCAGAGGAAGCCAUUGAUCUUUACAUGUUCUUACGUGCUUACAUACGUACCCAAAUUUAAUAAUCACAAGUUGUUCUACUGGAUCAAAUGACUGAAUGUGAGCACCCACUCAUAGCCAAAAAAACAACAGAAUUGCUGUUUGGACGGAAAAGGAUAUAUACCAUGACAUUCAUUGUAAAUGUUUGACAGAAGUACUGUGUUUGCAAUCGAUAAUAAACACCUCUUUCAUAAUGGACAUCUCCCAACUCAGCUCCAUAUCAUCUCUUUUUAUUCAUCAUUAUGUAAAAAGUACAUCUCAUCCACAGAACUGGGAACAAUCCUGUACCUGCAAAUGAAAGGUAUCACAUGUUGCCAUUGUCAAAAAUGGCACAUUUGUCCUUAUGGUGGAACUAUUUCGCAUCACCAGAUGUGGUCUGACACACUUUGGACUCAUUGUAAACAGGGCAACCUACAUGAUGCUUGGAUGGCCUUUAAAUCAAACAUAUUAUUGUAUCUUGUUAUCAUGUGUCUCUGGGCUGCACAUAAAGCACUUUUUUACACAAUUAUUUGUCAUCAUAUAAAUACAUGCUAAACCAGUAAAACAUUUUUUCUCCCCAGUGUGAUUUACUGUGUAUGUAGGAAAUAAGCCUAUUUGGUAAAUUUGGUAAUGUAGAGAUGACUGUUUAAAUAUGUUGUCUAAAGAGUACUGGUGAAUGCAGGAACUGCAGUGCAGUUGUCAAAACUCGGUAAUUCUAUUGUGUAGACAAAAUUUGUGUGUGUUAUCUGCAGUAAAGACCCGAUUUGUUUGAAAACAAGAGAGAAACCUGUGCUUUUUAUUUGUAAAAAGCAGAACACCUUCUAAUGUACAGUGCUGUAUGUUAGAACAGAUUUCCAAACACUGGCAAAAUUUAGAAUUAACAUGAGCUGACAUUACCCCAGGGUCUUUUAAAUUGUUAAAUUGUCCCAAAAAGUAUGCUCCUAAACUGCUAACAGAAAUGAUGGCUUAUAUAAAAGUUUUAAAACAUUUAAAAUAUUGGUACAUGUAUCUAAAUAAAA